AUGAGCUUUAGUACCAGCGCCGUUUUGGAGAUUUUUUCACUGGACUUCGCGUCUGGAGAGGAGGCGCCGGUGCUGGCGGGGAGCCUGGCCGUGCCCGAGCGCUUCAAUCGGCUCGCAUGGGGCACAGCACCCUCGGACGCCACCCGUAUGCCGCUUGGUAUUAUUGCGGGCGGCCUGGCGGAUGGCAGCAUUUGCCUCUGGAAUCCCUCCAGCAUCGUUGACGCUGGCGCCAGCAAGACGCCGCCGCUGCUGGCCAAGAUGCAGAAGCAUGGGGGCCCGGUCAAGGGCCUGGAAUUCAACUCAUUCAGCCCCAACCUGCUGGCGUCGGGCGCGAGCGACGGGGAGCUGUGCAUCUGGGAUGUCGCCAACCCGGCACAGCCGUCGCUGUACCCGGCGCUCAAGAGCGGCGCCCAGGGCGCCCCUGGCGCUGGCCCCGUGGAGAUUACCUACCUGGCUUGGAACCGGAAGGUGCAGCACAUCCUGGCGUCGACGCAGGUGGACGGCGCCACGGUCAUCUGGGACCUGAAGAAGCAGCGGCCGGUGAUUACUCUCAAGGACCCCAACAGCCAGCGCCGCUGCAGCGUGCUGCAGUGGAACCCGGAGGUCGCGACGCAGCUGGUCGUGGCCAGCGACGACGACCGCUCGCCGACGCUGCAGCUGUGGGACCUGCGCAACAGCAUGGGGCCGGUCAAGGAGUUUGUGGGCCACACCAAGGGCGUGCUGGGCAUGGCGUGGUGCCAGCACGACCCGGGGCUGCUGCUGAGCUGCAGCAAGGACUGCCGGACGAUCUGCUGGGAGGUGGCGACCACGGACGUCUUGUGCGAGCUGCCGGCCAGCGGCAACUGGGACUUUGACGUGCAGUGGAGCCCCACCCUGCCGGGGGUGUUCAGCACGAGCAGCUUCGACGGGAAGCUGGCGGUGCAUAACCUGCUGGCCUGCACGGGCGGCGGCGUGGUGGAGACCAUCAACGCGGACUUCAGCACCACAAAGGUCGCGUCAGGCGCCGCCAAGCCCCUGAAGCGUGCGCCCGCGUGGAUGGGCAAGUCGUCGGGCGUGGUGUUUGGGUUUGGCGGGCGCCUGGCCAGCUUCAGCCACUACAAGCAGCAGGUGUCGGACCCUGCCACUGGCCAGGUGGGCUCGGGCCGGCUGUUUUGGGACUGCGGCUGCAGGCAGACAGCACGCACUUUGUGA